AUGCAAUUUGCCGAUAAGGAUGAACUCAAGGAAGCUAUUAGGGAGUAUGCAAUUGUGCAAAGGAGGAAUAUUAAAUUGGUGAAGAAUGAUAAUAAAAGGAUUCAAGCAAAGUGUGUAGGUCACACGAAAUGCCCUUUUAUUCUCUGGGUUUCCAAGAUAGACAGAGAUGAGCAGACAUUUGCCAUAAAAACUCUGUCCUUAGAGCAUGAGUGUACUAGAGUGGACAAACUGAAAUAUACUAAUUCAAUGUGGUUGUCCAAAAGGUUUGCUGACAAGAUUAGGAAAAAUCCUGACUGGGAUGUAGGGGCAUUCAAGGUUGAGUACCUGGAUUUGGUUCUUCAACUUUUGAUUGAAGACUUACAAAUUGAGAAUGGGAAAGCUUGGGUGUUUAUGAGUGAUAAGCAAAAAUGUCUAAUACCUGCAAUUGAGACAUUGCUUCCAACAGCUGAGCACAGAAUGUGUGUUAGGAAUCUCUACAGCAACUUCAAGACAGAUCAUGCUGGCCUUGCACUGAAAAACAUUCUCUGGGCUGCGGCAAGAGCAACUACCAUUCCCUGGUAUGAAGCAGAAAUGGACAAGAUGAAAGAGCAAGAUGAAGAGGCAUGGAAGUGGCUUAAGAAGAGACCAGCCAAAAAUUGGAGUAUAUCUCAUUUUGAGCCACAUUCUAAGUGUGAUCUGUUGUUGAACAACCUCUGUGAAUCCUUUAACUCUUACAUUUUAGAUUCAAGAGACAAGUCUAUCUUAACAUGUCUAGAAAGGAUUAGAGUUUAUAUCAUGUUAAGGAUGGCUAAAAGAAGGAUUGCUGGUACGGUUUGGAGACAUCCAGUUGGGCCUAGGAUUGUCAAGAUCAUUGAGAAGAACAAGUUGGGAGCUAGUCAAUGCAUUCCUAGAUUGGCAGAGGCAAAUGUGUUUGACUUUGCACAUGACUGCUAUAAGAAAGAAGCCUACCUGAGUUCAUAUGAACCUAUGGUACACCAAAUACCAUCCAUGGACCAGUGGCAGAGAACUAAUUGGCCUCCAAUUAAACCUCCUCCAUAUAAUAAGCAGCCUGGAAGACCUAGGAAAUCAAGGAAUAAAGGACCAGCUGAUGUUGAAGUACUUGCUUCAGUUCCUCCAAACCCUUUGCCUCCAUUUUACAAUCCACCACCUACUAGGCCGUUCCUAAUUAGCCCAACUAAGGAUCAGUUGCCUCUUCUACAGUCCAAGGGGCAGAUCAGGUAUUUGGCCCACCCUAAUCAGCCCAACCCAACUAGAGGCAGAGGAACUACUACAGGAAGAGGGAAAGGAAAUGGGAGAGGAGAAAUGCCAACCGGAAGAGGAAAUGUUGGAAAUGGGACAACAGAAAUGCCAAACAAUUUCUCAUCAUCACAACCACUCCCAUCAUCAUCACAGCCACUCCCAUCAUCAUCACAUCCACUCUUUUACACUGGAGCUACAUCAUCAUCAUCACAACCACCCAAGUCUCCUGCCAAGAUAUUCAAGUCUCCUACCAAGUCUCUUACACUCGAACUCAAAUUUCAUUGCAAAAUGAGUUACAUAUCGGUUACAUUUCGACCUAAUUGA